UAGAAAAAAUAAUUGUAUCUACUUACUUCACAGUUUGUUAAUUGCAAAACCAGAAGUAGAUAUCCAUCCACCAGAAUGGAAUUCUUCCACAAGGCCGAAUCGGUUCGACUCCGCAGCCACCAUGAAAAAUACCUACUUGCCCAAGAAGAUGGAGAGACGGUCAGACAGGACAGAAAUGGAGCACACAAGAGAGCUCAAUGGAACGUCGAGUUCGUAACCGGCUCUGACUCUGUUAUCCGCUUUAAGAGCUGUUACGGCAAGUAUCUCACCGCCUCCACCGAGCCAUUUCUAAAAGGUUUGAGUAGCUGUCAGAAAGUUCUACAGACCCUUCCCUCACCUCUUGACUCUACGGUCGAGUGGGAACCCAUAAGAGAUGGGGAACACAUCAGGCUCAUGAGCCGCUACAGUCAUAGCUUCCUCAGGGGCAGUGGAGGACUUCCACCAUGGCGGAAAUCGGUCACCCAUUACCCAGCUGAUGAUGAAACAGAAAAGUCUAGCUUGGAAUGGGAUGUUGAUAUUGUUGGGAUACAUCAGGGUACAAAGGCUCACAGACAACCCCCUCCUCAGGCCCCUCGGGUGCCUGUCAAAGGCAAAACUCCAAGUCAUCCUCAUGCUUCUGUACAAGGCAAUAUGACUUACAUGCAAUAUGCACAGGUAGGAGUUGAUGCAGGCAAUGUAGCAGUUGAUGUAGGAAAUCUAAUGACUCAUGUUGUGGAUGAAAUGGAAGACGCUGAAGGAGAUGGGGACGCCAUGGGAGACGAGGAAGGAGAUUUAGAGGCACCGGAAGUUGAGGAUGCAUCCGGAUUUGCUGAUGCAGCAGAAGGUCUAAUGGGAGAUGCCUUGGAUAUGGCAAGUAAUUGUCUCAUUAUGUAGAACCUUGCUUCAUCAUGUUUAAUAGUUAGUUUAAUUCACAAGUGAACAAAAUUUAGCAGGGAGUUAAUUAUUCAGCAAAAAUUCACAUAAUUAAAAUUCUUUUUUUUUUUUUUUUUGGUCUGUAAAGUGUAAAUUAU